AUGCCGGAAGCUCAAGCGGAAAUGCGACCGACAAUGGCCUUGCCGCUUACGGGCAAUGGAGAACCAGGAUCGCAGAGUGGUUCCCCAAACUCUGGAGUGCCCAGAUGUCACAUAUCGAAGCCAGCAUGCAUUGAAUCAAGUGAUCCUGACAACACUGGCAACAUCGAGAUUCCAGCUGCCUUGAAAGCUCUAGGCUAUACGGACAGCAAUCCUUUUGCAAGCAUCAUUCCGAGUAGCCACUCCCCCAGUCCCGUCAUCUCGAAGGACUUUCCGCUAGAGAUACAGGAAGCGCUCCGAGCUGUGCCUCCCCGACCAUACACAGAUAUCCUCAUAUCAGUUUACUUCAGCCACGUUAACUACCACUACGAAGCCAUCCACCAAACCACCUUCGUCGCAGAUUAUGCAACAUGGUGGGGGAGACGAGCGUCGAAAGCCAUGUCUGACGUGGCGCUUACCAGUCUAGUACUGCAAAUGUGUGCUCUGGGCACGCAAUUCGUUUGGCCUUCCACGGAUCAGAAACUGGAAUCCGAACUGGGAGAGUCGGUCGACCACCUUGGGAUGCGUAUGCAUGAGGCUGCGCAACGCUUAAGCACUUUCAUACCACCCGGUGAGGGUGGAUUGCCGCUCAUACAGCGAUUGUUUCUUGCUGGCGGGUGGUUGAAGAAUCGGGUCGAGGUUACCAGAUCGUGGCAUUUGAUAUGUUCAGCCGUCCGGGAAGCACAGGAGAUCGGUCUACAUAUCGACAGCGCGGCGCAGGAAAUCUCGACGUGUGAACGAGAAGUGAGACGGAGGAUGUGGUACAUAUUAAACAUCUGGGACACGACUUUCUCCGGCUCGUUCGGCAGACCACGCAUCAUACAAGAAUUCGGCCAAGUCCCCCCACCAAACCCCCGUUUCGAACUUGCAGACAGCGUAAGCGAGGAGACAUCUGCGGCAGCAAUCAUCAUUCGCGAGUAUCGACUCUGGGCAUUUCUGUCUGACCCUUUGAGCGAUGGGAACAGCCCGCAUGCCAAGAUUCAAUUCGUCAAUGAUUGGAUCCGUGGCCUGCCAACUGUAUACAGCACCAUCGGGAGCGGUGCGAUCGGCGACGGCGAUCUCUUUGCGAACAAGUUUCGCAGGAUCAAGUUACAUUGUAUGGGAUACAUGGCUCUGUUGGCAUACUUACGACGAUAUUUAUUGAGCCCUCCUCAUCCGAAUUGCAGAGACACCGAGGCAAGUAGUCUCCGCGAAGCGGCGAUUCAAGUGGCGAUCCAUCUCAUGCGCAUCAGCAAAGAGUUCUUUACCCUCUGCCACCCAAUCCACUCCAAGUACUUCUUAGUGCAAUUCUGUCCGUUCGACACCGCAUCGACUUUAUGCUCCGCUCUUCUUCGUGAUACGAGCCGAACAUGGAUUUCGCACAGACUGAGAGCGAUUCAGGCGCUUGGAUGUGCGCUAUAUAUAUUGGAGAAGUUAAAGAACUUGAAUAGGAUGGGGAGCGCGACGUGGACUAUUCUCACAACCAUGCUGGCACAAGUAGACUUGUCGGCGGACGAGCAGCAAAUGAUGAAUCAAUCGAGGCGAACUGGAGAUAUUGGUGGUUUUAUCGCGACUUUCCCGGCAGGCGAGGAAACCACGGAGACGAAUCUUUUAGAGUCGUUCUCCCCUUUGGAGUCCAUCGAGCAGCUACUUGUCGGAGAUAACUUUGAGAUAGAAGCGACAGCUCAGGAUGCAGCGGAUUUAGACUUGGGGCUGGUUGGUAUUGGUUAUAAUGGUUCAGGCAUCAUGGCCCUAGAGGAGCAGAUAAACAGUAAUAUUUUCAAUACUACCUGGAGCUGGGAUAAUAUUGAUUAA